CAUCUCCAUAGUCUGCUCAUCUGUACCUACGCAUCUAAAAAAUGGUCCUCCGUACGGAAUUGACGUCUAUCCUAGGCAUAACCAACCCAAUUGUGCUGGCGCCCAUGGCUGGCGUCUCGCAUGCUGCCCUCAUCUCGGCUGUCGCAAAUACGGGCAGUCUAGGUCUGUUAGGCGUUGGCUAUGCGACGGAUCCACAGUGGAUUCACAACCAGAUGCGCCAAGCAAGUCAAGCUUACAAGCCAGAAUCUGGCGGAGCGUUGGGCAUCGGCUUUAUUACGUGGUGGUUAGAAAAGCAUCCGGCCCUGCUGGAAGCGGCAUUGGAAUGGAAGCCAACAGCACUCUGGUUCUCGUUUGGUAACUAUGGUCAGUUCCUCGAAACGAUCAGGGAGCGAUCCCCGGACACCAAGGUUAUUGCCCAAGUACAAACCGUUGAAGAGGCCCUGGAGGCCGUGGAAAUGUAUGGGGUUGAUAUUAUUGUAGCACAAGGUUCUGAAGCUGGUGGACACGGCGCCAAGGUGAACGCUUCAACUUUUUGCUUGGUACCUGAGAUCAACGAUGCGGUUGGAGAUCGCGUUCCUGUCGUCGCCGCAGGUGGUGUUACUGACGGACGGCAUUUAGCUGCCGCUCUUAUGCUAGGAGCCAGUGGUAUCGUCAUCGGUACCCGGUUCUGCGCCACCCCGGAGAGUGCCAUGCACCCAAAUGCGAAGGAUUGCCUGGUCGCUUCCCGCGAUGGCGGCCGUUCCACUGUGCGCACCACGGCCUUUGACGUCCUACGAGGCUACUCUGCAUGGCCCUCUGCUUACGCAUUCCGUGUUCUCUGCAACGAUGUGACCGAAUCAAUUCAAUCGGGAACACCAGUUGAGGAAUGGAAGAGCAAAUAUGAGCAAGCAUUACAGUCAGGCGAUUUUAACGUUGCCCAUGUGGGAGCCGGUCAAGGCGUUGGAUUAAUUAAAGGUAUUUGGCCUGCUAAAUUGGUGGUGGAGAGAGUGAUGGAGGAAGCGUUGGAAUGUUUCCAGAUUGCUGCUGCCGUUUCGGAUCCGAGACGCCUAAGGGCAAAACUGUAAAUUGUGCAUUUCAUGACGCCCUUGAGAGUAUUGGAGGGCAUAAUACCGGCCCGGAUCGGGAAGUUACAAAUACUACAAGAUUUUCAUACCACUUUUCGUAAUAGUAUAUCAUGACUCAAUCGUGCA